AUGGCGUUGCGCACAUCUGCUAAUAAUGCAGAGGACGUUGCAGCUGGUUUCCGUAUGUUUCGCGACCCUCUGCCGGAACACGCAACGGAGAUCACCAGGCUCAUUGCCGACCUUUAUUCUAUCAGUUCGUCCCUCACUAGUUUGGAUGACUUGACCAAGAACCCUCCUCGUCGGCAUAAUCUGUCUAUUGCCAAUCAUGACCUGGAACUGGUCCGGACCAGUUUGAAAUAUACCUUUGAAGACAUCGUCGACUUUUUCGGUGACAUCGAGGUACGAAGGGGAUCGACUCGAGAAGUCUACAAGCAGACAUGGGUGGACCUGUGCACCUUCUUCCGAGACGAAUCGCAAGAUUCCUUGCCCACUCGCCUGGCCAAGUACAAGGCCUUUCUGAAUGAGCUGGAGGACUUAAUCAAGGAUAAAUACCCAGAUGCCCAUCUCAUGGCUGGUCUGCGUAAAAAUAUCAAGACUCUUCUGGUCUUACAAAAUGACCGGCUUGCACCCCGUCUCGAUGCCAUCUCUUUGAACGACAAGUCACCCCCGUCGAGUAAUGCCAGUGCCGAACCGAGCAGCCCAGUCAGUGACCGAAAACCUCGCAAUCGUAGGUCGUACGAGCGGUCUAGACCAUCGAAUCAAUCUUCCCAAUUGCCUACAUCACCGUCAUCAGCAACUUUUUCCUCGGACACUCCUCCAUCGGCGCCUUCUGCGCCUUCUGCUCCUUCCGCUGAUACUCCGGGGUCUCCUAUGACCGGCUCCUCCACCAGCCAAUCCAUCAACCCCGAUACUCUAAUCGACCACUGGGCCAAAAAUGUUUUCUUGAAUGAGAAUGCUGCCACCCCAAUCCCAUUUGUGGGUGAGAGCUCCAAAUGCCUGGGUAAACCGCACCCGGGUGUGAAGCGAUGGCUUCAUGAAGAGGGUUUUGAAGAACUCUUUCAAUUGGCUUUCCCUGGUCCCUCGGACCUCCGCGUGCAUCUUUACCUGCGGGAAGACGACCAUCGAGCUCGGAUUUUGUGCAAAGCACCCCGUGCUGGAACAGGGCGGUCGGACUACUUCUGCCUGCCUCUGAACAUGCUGGAGAUCAUCCGUGUUGGCUCCUGUUUGCAGCUAUGCCGACGACGGCGUGGAGGCAAUGAGCUCGAGCUCUGGGCCAACCUCAAAUUCAGUGCAAUUGAACAAAUGGUCAUCUUCUUUUGCACAUUCCUGGCCCUUCGCUCACAAGACUCUGGCCGGCCAGUGGAACGUAUUUGGGAUUAUGAGCUUGAGGGAGAGGAGGAACUCUUCGGAGGCCAAAUCAUCGAUGACAACUAUCUCCACGCUUUGCGUGUAUAUCGAGAUGACAUAUCCAGGACUGUGAGACUUCAGGCAUCGGUCCACAGAGGGGAAAUGAAACGUGCCCCCGUCUGGACAGCCUUUAUCACUCCUAACCUUGGAUCCCGAGCAUGGAUUCGCCGGGUAGAUUCGAAGGUGGUUCUGCUGCGCGGAAUUCACCAAGUCAUCUUCACCUUCCCUGAUUAUAAUCCCCCACAAACAUCUCGAGGAGAACACAUCCUGAUGUUUACUAGCCGAUCAGAUGCACAAGGCUUUGUUGACACAAUGGCCGAACUUGCAAUUUCCCAAUGAACUGGUCUAUAUCUCUCUGUCUGGGAGAACAAAAACCAUGCUGCAAAAAGCUGCAAAAAAGAUGAACCGUCAUCUGCCAUGUCUAAUGACUUGAAAAAUUAUCAUGAAAUACUAUGUCACCCUAUAUUUACGACCUAAUGCCUUACGACUGAUGAGAUAUAUUGA